UUCCCUUCAAUCUCCUCACCAGCGCUUGCUCCAUCCAAUCUCUCGUUAACAAGCAAGCAACUUAGCAAGCAGAGUAAUUCCAAGAGAUCGAGAUCGACAUGGCUCGCGCUCAGCUGGUGUUCAUCGCUCUCGUGGCGGCGCUGCUGAUCAUCGCGGCCCCGCACGCCAACGCGGCCAUCAACUGCGGCCAGGUCAGCUCCGCCAUCGGCCCCUGCCUGGCCUACGCCCGCGGCACCGGCUCCGGCCCCUCGGCGGCAUGCUGCAGCGGCGUCAGGAGCCUCAACUCCGCCGCGGGGACCCCCGCCGACAGGCGCACCGCCUGCAACUGCCUCAAGUCGGCCGCCGGGAGGGUCAGCGGGCUCAAGGCCGGCAACGCCGCCAGCAUCCCCUCCAAGUGUGGCGUUAGCCUCCCGUACACCAUCAGCACAUCCAUCGACUGCUCCAGGGUCAGCUGAACGACGACCCUGCAUGCAUGACUCCAUCGUUGAGGCCGCCCGUCUCCAUACAUGCAUGCAUACUACGUAUCUAUGAGUCUACACAAUAAAAUCUCUCCGUCGUACGUGUACGCUACCAUACGCUUGGUAGUGUCCGUACGUGCAUCUGAGAGAGAGGAGUCACACGUACGUGUCCUUGUUACGUUUUGUGCCUUGGCCUGCACACCUCUGCAGCGCUGUUGUUGUAACCAUCGAUCGGUAUUUCCUUGUUCCUUGCUCUGCCUCCAUUUGGAGGAGACCGACUUGAGGCCGAGUUUGUACCAUGUCCUUAUACUACAUACUCCUCUUUCUGGUA